CGUCACAGCGAAGAUGGCGGAUUCGCAGGGUGUCGGGGUGUCAGAUGAAAAAGAUGCCGAAAAUGACGACCACAGAGGGGUAAAAUGUUCCUGGCCUGGUGAUUCGAGGUCGAAGAAGCCAAACAUUUCUGGCCCUGCGGCGGAAAUGACGGAAACCCUGGGAUUUUACGAGAAACCCUGCAUUAAACACGAGGAGCACGAACAUUCAGAUUUGGAUGAGUCCGAUGAGCCGUCUCUGUUGAGGUUCAUGUGUGCAGAGCUGACCAGGGGCUACUUCCUGGAACACAACAAAGCCAAAUACACUGAGAGGAGGGAGAGAGUGUAUACUUGCUUGAGGAUCCCCAGAGAGCUGGAGAGGUUGAUGAUCUUCGGGUUCUGCUUGUGUCUGGAUGCCUUUCUGUAUGUGUUCACCCUGCUCCCCCUGAGAACUCUGCUGGCCUUCUUGAGGUUGUUGACAAUUCCCUGCUGCAGCCUCGGCGCUAAUGUUUGCCCUUAUUGCAGACGGAGCAGUAGCUCUCGGUUCAUGCAGCCAGCUCAGGUUUGUGACCUGCUGAAAGGUUUAAUCAUGGUGCUGUGUUACUCCAUGAUGCACUAUGUCGAUUAUGCCAUGAUGUACCACCUGAUCCGGGGCCAGUCAGUCAUCAAACUCUACAUCAUCUACAACAUGCUGGAGGUGGCAGACCGUCUCUUCUCGUCUUUUGGGCAAGACAUUUUAGACGCACUGUACUGGACGGCCACUGAGCCAAAGUCACGAAAGAGAGCCCAUAUUGGUGUCAUUCCCCAUUUUUUCAUGGCCGUCUUCUAUGUCUUUCUGCAUGCCAUCCUCAUCAUGGUUCAGGCCUCGACUCUAAAUGUGGCUUUCAACUCGCAUAACAAAUCUCUGCUCACCAUUAUGAUGUCCAACAAUUUUGUUGAAAUCAAGGGAAGCGUGUUUAAGAAGUUUGAGAAGAACAACCUCUUUCAGAUGUCUAACAGCGAUAUUAAGGAGCGGUUCACACACUAUGUAUUGCUUCUCAUCGUUUGCCUGAGGAACAUGGAGCAGUUUUCCUGGAACUCAGAUCACCUGUGGGUGCUGCUCCCAGAUGUCUUCAUGGUGAUCGCUUCUGAGGUUGCAGUUGAUGUCGUCAAGCACGCCUUCAUCACCAAAUUCAAUGACAUAACAGCUGAUGUCUACAGUGAAUAUAAAGCCAGCUUGGCCUUUGAGCUCGUCAGCAGUCGUCAACAGAAUGCCUAUACAGACUACAGCGAUUCAGUGGCACGAAGGAUGGGCUUCAUUCCUCUACCUCUGGCUGUGCUGCUGAUUCGAGUGGUGAUGAGCUCAGUGAAGAUUCAGGGCGCUCUCUCAUCUAUCUGUUUGCUUCUCUUUUAUCUUGGAUUGAUAACACUGAAAGUGUUGAACAGUAUAGUGCUGCUGGGAAAGUCCUGCCGCUAUGUAAAAGAAGCCAACAUGGAAGGGAAGCUGUUUGACAGACCGACUGCGCAAACUCCAAAACAAAAGCCCAAGAAAGCCACCCAGGCCAAAUCUCACCCACCCACAGAAAAACCUAAGGUUCAGCGACCCUCCACCUCCAUCACCAAGCAACCACCCCCAAGAAUGGGGUCUUUCCCCCCAGCACCACCCCCUGCAACUAAGGUGACCAGUGACCCGCACCCAGAUUCUUUCCCUAAACCAGAGGAGGGCACCAGCGAGAUGGCAGAAUCCUCUGAACUUAAACACAGAACCUCAAAAAAAGACCUGCUGGAGAUAGACCGCUUCACAAUUUGCGGCAACCGAAUCGGGUGAAUUCUAACCCUGUCACCAUAGUAACUGCUCAGGAAUGGAAAUGAAAAAAACUCACAAUCUGUUACCAUUUGCAAGAGGGUUUUGGGCCAAGAGGGUUCUCCCAAGACUGAUAGUACUAUUUGUCUCAAACUGGAAAAUUGCUGUUUUCCUAUCUCUUUGCUUCUAUUCCAGUGGAAUAUCUACCAAAGGAGGCAGAAAGAGAGCGUAAGACAUUUCAAAUUAAAACAGAGUCUGUUUGCCCAUGGCAAUCUGGCAGAUCGCAUGACACUUAAAGUCAAGUGUAUGUUGCUUUAGGAUAUGUCUCUGUCUCACACUUUAUCAGAGAGUGAACAUCCUGAACCUGUGGCAUGAAUGUCUUACAAAUUAGUUUUUUUGUCCUCCCACUCAAAAUUUGCCUUUGAGUGGAAACUAAAAGGUGUCAUUUAAAGGGAUAGUUCACCCAAAAAUAAAAAAUAAUAAAAAUCUCUCAUCAUUUACUCAACCUCAUGUUCCAAAUGUUCUAUCUGCUAUGAAGAUGUUAAUCAGAACAUUAGCCUCUGUCACUAUUCUCUCUCAAUGAAUGGAAAAAAGAUGCAAUGAAAUUGAAUGGUUACUGAUAUUAACAUUCUACCUAAAAUCUCCUUUUGUGUUCUGCAGAAGAAAGUAAGUCAUACAGGUUUGGGACAACAUUAGGAUGAGUAAUGAGGACAGAAUAAAACAAUUUUGGGGUGAACUUUUACUUUGAUCAAGGAUUAGAGAUAGAAAAGUUUUAAACAAGUGAUCUUAUUAAUAAACAUUCAAUUUAUAGCUUAUUAAAAUAAAUAGAUAAAGUUAUUUAUUCACACCCAUUUGGCUUAAAAUAAUGUGCUAAACAGUUUUGCCACUGAUGCUGCCAUUAGAAUUCAUCAGUCUGGCAAAUAUUUGUUUUUAGAAUUUGUAAUGCUAUUUGGUUCAGCUGAAGUCUGUUUUUAAUAGAUAUGGUACUUUGUUGUCACUAUCAUCUCCAAGAAAAAAAGAGUUUGCUAUGCUGAUAUCAGGCCACUUGAUAAUUCAACUCUGAAGUGUGUCUUAAACGUCUUCACUUUGUCAAUCCAGCUGACUGAACUUUGCACUGAUUUACCAUAUUGUCUUAAGCUGUACAGUAGAGUAUUUUUUUUGUUUAGUUUGUUUUUAAUUUGACAUUCACAUGUGUAUAUACCAGUCAUAAAAGAGAAAAUAACUGAACUUUCAUAUGAAGUGUAACAGUAUGAGUUUUUUUUUUUUAAAUGCAAAUCUUUUUUUUUUGUAUUUUUUUUUUUUUGUAUUUUGAAAUUCAAAUAAUUUGUGGUGAGUCUUAUAUUGAGUGAUUAUAUAAUUUGAUGUAAUUACAGUUUGUUGGUUUAAAAGUAAUUUAAUAAAAAUAUAAUGAUUAAUAGUACAAUGUCAUGUUUAUACUAUUUUAUAGUGUUUCUUGUUGGUUGACUUUGCAAUGGAGAAAGUUGAAUGUCAUGUGAAUGUGAAUGCCAAAAUUUUAAUCUGUACAGCCUAUGAAUUGAAUUUACCUCCAGUAUACAAUAAGUAGGUGGACAGGUUCCAAAAGUGCUUCAAAUUCUGUGUAUUGUGUAUAGUUGGGUGAUUCUGAUUGACUGAGAAUAAGUUCUUUUGAGAGUACCCCCAAUUGACGUGUUCCACUCAUUUGUAGUUUUUAUUUAAGGAUAUUGUAUUGUUUGUUAUCAUUGUAAAAAUCAGAUCACUAUCUUUGGAGAGAUUCUAGAUAUGGCUGCAAAGGUCUGUUGUUCAUAUGGUGUGUUCUUAUUAUGUUUUUAAAAUGUGACAUAAUGCAAAGCAAUGCUAAAAAGUAAUUUUAUACUUAAAGUUUGAAGACUAAACCCUUUGUUUUUAUGUAACAGCAGCCCUGUUUUUGGUACAGCAAAAUAAAAUGGUUUUGUAAUUUG